AUGAUGGAGAGCCCCGAGCCCGCAUCGCCGGGCGCGCCCCACGGCCCCAACCACGACUCUAUGGUGACCGUUGCGCUCUCCGACAUCCAGUCCAAUUCGGAGCACACACAACCCGACUGGCGGACUCUCGACAUCCCGCCCACACCCGUCCAGGCGACCCAUUGCAAGGAGGAUAACAAGACCAAGACUGAGUCUUUUGGCCCGAUGGCCCUCCAGGAUGCCGCCAGGACGACUCCCACCCCCGUUGACGAGCCCCCGACCCCGACAUUAGCGGAAGCCGGACAAACAAAUGCCAGACAGACAGAAGAAGAGGCCGACAACGAGGUGGACUGGGAGAAUCUGGAUAGAACAGAGGAACAGGAGCCGCGUGGAGAGGGAUCUGACAAUUCGACCGCUCUACUGCUCGCUCGCCUGGAGCAAGAGAAUAAUGCGCUAGCCACCAACCCUAAAUCGGCCUUAUCCAGUGCCCCUCGCACCCAAAGACACCAACGGCAGUCCCGCUCGGAGUCGCUCGUUCAGAUCAAGAAAUUGAUCAACGAGCCAGCACGGUCGGAAUUGCGCUACUCGCAGCUUCAACCACCUCCAAUGACCGAGCUGGAGUUCUGGGCUGCACUGGUUGCAGAUUAUCCGCAAACCGCUCAGCGCCUGCCGACUCUCACCUCCAAUAAAAUCCAACAAGGCGUUCCUCCACCACUCAGAGGCGUGGUGUGGCCCAGCUUAGCAGGUGCCCGUGACCCAACUCUCUUGGAAGAGUUCCAGCGACUCUCCGGCGAGAGCAGUCCUUAUGAUGGUCUUAUUGGGAAGGACAUUGGUCGCAGCUUUCCAAAUGUGGAGAUGUUCCGAGACCCCAAUGGUGAGGGUCAGCAGAUGCUGGCUCGUGUGUUGAGGUGCUUCAGCUUGUACGAUGCCAAGAUUGGCUACUGUCAAGGUCUUGGGUUUGUGGUCGGCCCGCUGCUGAUGCACAUGUCGGAUGCAGAAGCGUUCUGUGUGCUUGUUCGACUCAUGGAUCAUUACAACCUUCGAACGUGCUAUCUUCCAGAUUUGUCAGGCCUACAUCUUCAUGUCUAUCAGUUCCAAAAUCUCCUGGCGCGACAUCGCCCGGAGCUCUUCGAACACUUGGAGUCAUUGAAUGUUGAGCCGAUAUACGUGUCACAGUGGUUCUUGUCUUUCUUCGCGGUGGCUUGCCCUCUGCCAAUGCUCCUUCGAAUUUACGACGUCAUUUUCCUGGAGGGCGCCUGUGAAACUUUGAUGCGUGUUGCACUCUCCCUGAUGCAGCGCAACGAGAAGCGGAUAUUGGCUUGCUCUGAGUUCGAGGAUGUGAUGCAGCUGCUAUUGUCGCGCAGCUUGUGGGACACAUACGCGUUUAACGCAGAUGAUCUCGUCAAUGACUUUGUCUCACUGACUUCCCUCGUCACCAUUGAGAGCCUCCAGGCUCUUGAAGCCAGCUACAACCAAUCCCAGGGCAUGCCCACCGGCAUUUCAUUCCCACAGAUGCAGGCGACAGCUUCACGCUUCCUCGGACGCCUUUGGGCGGGCUCCAACUCUCACAACUCGGUAAAGUCUCUCAACCCCAACCCGACAUCUUCGCGUCCUACGAGCAUUCUUCGUCGCUCUACCUCCAAACAAAGCAUGACUUCUACGCUCAAUUCUGUGGAGUCCGUGUCUGACGCGAGCACCGCACCUACCGAGCUGUCAGCUGCCACAAACAGUGACCAAAAGUCACGCAAAUCAAACAUGUCCACGCAUCACAAGGACCGUGACCUUCACACCCAGAUCGAGGACCUGCUGAUGGCACUGAGUGAUCUUCAACGUCAACAAGCAGACCUGACACGCGAACUCCAACAAGAACGGGAGGAACGCGAGGAGGACCGCACGUUGGCGAAGCAAAUGCUCAACCACAUCCUCGAGCUGCCAGCCGAAGAGCAACCUGCAGAAUUGGUCUCAAAAGCGCAAGCUCGGUUUGUAGCGGGCGAGCCCAAAGAUGCAUCGAUCACUCAAACAAAACAUCAGCUUCACGAUGAUAUGACCCGAUGGAAGGAAAUGCAUCAGGUGGAAGCGCGCCGUUGCCUGGACCUCACCCGGCGGAUGGAUGACUUUGAGCAGGAGAACGCUUCCCUGAAGGAGCAGCUGCGCGAAGCGCGUGGUCGAAUCCAAGACGGAUACCGCGACCGACAGCGAUUGGAGCGAAUGAACAAAGAAUUGCGCGCACUCAAGACGCCUGAAUCAACUACACCUUCCGAGAGUGUCUCCACAUCAACUGAUUCCGAAUCGACCUCUCCCACUGGGCUUCGGGAACUUAGGUUGGUCCGCACUAACUCGCACUCGCAAAAGAGCCCUACCUUCAGCAAGCGCGCUAGUAGCUUGGGCCUUCAGAGCGUGCUGGCUACCGAGAACAACAAACCUGUUGCCGAGGAGACGCUGCUACUAGAGCUGGUCAACUCGAAGACAGCAGAAGCAAUCGCCAAGCAGGAGCUGGAGGAAGUGAAGGGCAAACUCGAUUCUCUGCGAAAGAUGAUCAGCGCAACCCACUCCCAGUCUAGCCCAAGUCUCGAAAGUCGCAAUUCCUUCAUUGGCAGCUCACCAUCCCGAGCUAGCGUAUUAAAGUCACCCACCGAGCCGGCCAAGUCCCCGGGAACUUCCAGUAACAUCGGUGCUGGAGGCGGUGGCUUCUUUAGUGGGUGGGGCCGACGAGCCACGCCUGCCAGCAAUGAGUCCCCGUCAUGA